CGAUGACAAAGCCAAUUUUUAUUUUAACGGUGGGGUAUAAAUAUCAACGCAAAUUUAAUAACAAAUGCUCAGUUUAAAGUUGUUUGCCUAACCGUAAGGACGCUCGAAAUACGCAAAACUAGUUUUUUUAAACGUAAAUGGGUGUUCAUUUAAGCAAGUCAAAGAAAAGGUAUGAAAUGGAUACUGCCACAAACAAAACAAACUCCAUUCGCGACCCUGUGAAGGAGUCUACAAAAGAUGAAAACUUUAGAACGGUCGAGGCACCGCCAAGUGAGCCUCCAGUGACUGCCAAUUUGACGCCCAUCCCCGAGUGGAUUAAUGAAUCGCAGUUCGAAGAAAUACUCACUCAAGCUGUGCCCCAGUUUGCCAAAAUUCUGAGCUUUAGUGCAAAGCCCGCAUUGGGACCUGGCGAGAACUACGUGACCCUCAUACUGAGAGUGAAAAUUGAUGUAGAGCUUUUAGACAAAACCAGCAAAACCAUUUCAUUUAUGAUGAAACUGCCCCAUGAUUCUGCUGAAAUGCAACAAAUGUUGCAAAUGGCAAACUUCUUCGAUAUUGAGAAUGAGGUCUACAUAGACCUGAUACCAAAAUUCGAGCAGCUGUACAAGUCCAAGGGCUUAGAUGUAACUUUUGGACCCCGCGCCUACAGAUUCAAUGAAAGCCUUAAGACGGAGCCCAAGCUCAAAAAUACGGUUCUCAUGUACGAUCUGGGUCAGGAUGGUUAUAGAAACGUCAAUCGCCUGGAAUGCUUCAACUUAGAACAGACCGAGAUGGUCCUCCGAAAGCUGGCCCAAUAUCACGCAGCAAGCGUUGUCUAUAAAAGGUUACAUGGACCUUACAAAGAUCGCAUUAUGUAUGGUAUGUUUGGUACAGAUCCUCAGAAGGUUGAGGCUUUAAUGGAGAGUAUGUUGGGGUCGGGUCAGAACGUUUUCCUAGAUAGUCUGAAAAACUAUGAAAACUGCGAGCAAUAUCACGAUAAGUUGAAAACAUAUUUAUCCAAAAUCAGCGGUAUUAUUUUGUCUCAUGCCGUGGCUAAGACUGAUGAAUUUAAUGUCAUUAAUCAUGGAGAUUGCUGGGUCAACAAUAUUCUUUUUAAGUUUGAUCCGUCAGGAAAGCUGGAGGAUAUGCUUUUUGUGGAUUUCCAGAAUACCAGAUACGUUCAUCCCUCUUCGGAUUUGCUGCAUUUUAUUUUUACCUCAGUGCAUAUAGAUUACAAGCUAAAGCACUUUGACUAUUUCAUAAAAUACUAUCACGAUCAGCUGAUCGAGCAUCUCAAUCUGCUAGACUAUAAGGAGCCUGUGCCCAAGUUGAUGGAUAUGCAAAUGGAUAUGUAUAAAUAUAGCUCCUGGGCAAUCUUGGCGUGUUAUUUGGCGCUGCCUGUGGUGCUCCUCGAUCCCACGGAAGACGCCACAUUUGAAAACUUUGUUGGAGAGGGUGAAUCUGGAGAAGACUUCAAGAAAAAAAUGUACACGAACAAACGAUACAAGCGCUACAUUGAAAAGAUUCUGCCCUGGCUGGAUAAUCGUGGCUUAUUGGAAGUCUACGAACCCCCGCAAGCAGUACCAACAGCAGCUGUACCAUCAAUUGAACCAAAUGGGAAAGACGAGGUUGACUCUAAUGUGCCUUCUUGGGUUAACAAAACUUAUUUCGACGAGCUGCUCAAAGCAGAGCAGGCCGACUUCAAGGAAACGGUCAAUUUCGAAGUUAAGAAAGCCACCCAAGCUGGGGACAACUACUCCUCCAUAAUGCUCUCUGUGGACAUUGAUUACCGAACAGUUAAUGGUCAAACAUUAAGUAAAUCUCUUAUGCUGAAAGUUCCGCCAGGCACAAAUGCAAUGGCAUACCUUCUUGACCUAAUGCUAACCUUCAAGAAGGAGAUGGCCAUGUAUAACGAAGUCAUUCCACAGAUGGAGCAGCUUUACGAGCAGGCUGGACAAUCCGUUGUGUUCGGUCCAAAGAGCUAUAAGCUGCCGAGUGCACCCGACUCUGAUCACAUUCUCUUGGAGAAUCUUCGUCCUGCGGGUUACAAGAAUGCAAAUCGCCUGCAGGGACUGAGUGUAAAGGAAACGGAGAAGGUCCUGGCCAAAUUGGCUCUUUUACAUGCCGCAUCCGCACAGCUGUAUGUGACCAAGGGUCGCUUUGCCGAUUGCCUGGAUAAAUCGAUCUACAAUGACAGCACGCGUCCCAUAUUUGAGAGUAAAGAUGCCAAAACUUUCACAGACAUAAAUAUUGAAUCAAUGAGAAACUUCAAAGGUAGCGAGAUCUAUGGAGACAAGGUGGCUAAAGUAAUUGAGAAUAUGUUUGAUUAUGAACGCAAGGCAGCAAUCUAUGAUGAAAGCCAAUUCAACUGCCUCAACCAUGGCGACUGCUGGACAAAUAAUGUAAUGUUUACAUACGAUGCACAGGGCGAGAUUACAGACACACUCUUUGUGGACUUCCAGAGGUCAAACUUCAACACUCCCGCCAUGGACUUGUAUUAUUUUCUACUGUCCUCGCCUAGUUUUGAUAUAAAACUAGAGAAAUUUGAUUAUUUUAUACGCUACUAUCAUACCGAACUGCAGCGCAAUCUGGAACUGUUAAAGUACCCCCGACACAUACCAACGCUCAGAGAGCUCCACACCACUCUGAUGAAGAAUAACUUGUGGGCCGUAACUACGCCUGGGACUGUAAUGUCGGCAGUGCUGCUCGAUCCCACAGCCAACGCGAGUAUUGAUACCAUGAUUAGCAGCGAUGACGAAUCCAGGGAAUUUAAGAAAAAACUCUUUGGCAAUGACAGAUACCGCAAACACGCUGAGGCGAUUUAUCUUUGGCUAAAUCACAGAGGACUUUUAGAUGUUGAGUAAGAGUUUGCUGCUCUAUUUGUAAAUAUUUCUGUUACAGCUUGGUUUAAG